AUGUCCGAGAGAGAGAAAGCCGUGAUAAUCGGCAUAUCUGGUCCCUCAAGCAGCGGCAAAACAACCCUGGCCCGUCUGCUCCAGCGGAUCUUCUACGGCGCGAAAAGUGCCGCAUCAGACAAGCGCCUGAACACAUUUAUUAUCCACGAAGACGACUUCUACUUUCCCGAUGACAAGUACGUCGAACAAAACAUUCAUAUCUUGCAUGAUACUGACACGAUAAGAAUCCCCUACACAACCACACGCUCCGGCGCAACAAUCCAGGACUGGGACACAGCCGCCGCAAUCGACCUUUCCUUCCUCUCCCAGGCUCUCCGCUACGUCCGAGAAAACGGGACUCUCCCUCCCCGACUACGCAGCAAGGAGGAUCAGAACGACAGGACUGAGUCUGGAGUUACGGACGAGGUCAUUAAUGAACUGAAAAGUCUUGUUGAGAGCAGAUUGAGUGCAACGGGCGAGAAUCCGACCAUUGCGUUCUUGGAAGGCUUUUUACUUUUUGCGCCGCCCGCACAACAGGAUCAUGUUCUUCGUCCGGUUCACGACGCUAUCAAUCUUCAUGUUUUCUUGCCUGCUGCGUACAAGCUUGUUAAGGAGCGGCGGGAGGGAAGGAGUGGGUAUGUGACUAUUGGGCCGGCGCCGGAGCCGGUGGAAUCAGAGUCCAAGCAAGCGGAUACAGAAAUUAAUGCCGGAGAGAUUGAUCUUGAAGCUGAGGAUGAUCGUCCCCCGCAGAACUUUUGGGUUGAUCCGCCUGGGUAUGUGGAUGAUGUUGUGUGGCCUCGGUAUGUGGGGGAUCAUGCUUGGUUGUUAAUUGCCGAUGCGGACGAGAAUGAUGCAAGUGAAAGCUUGGUUGGAGCUGAGGCUGAAGCUGAUCUUGUGAGGAGAGUUGGUGAUGGGACGAGGGUUCGGACGGAUGUUGGGGUUGAAAUUGCGCCUGGGGCUGGGGGCGCAGAGAUGGAUGUUGUCCUUAGGUGGGCUGUUGGUUUGAUUUUAGACUAUUAUCUUGAGCAAAGGUAA